AUGCUAUCGCUAAAGAAAUCAACGCUUUCGAAGCUGGCUUUUCUCAAGAGUGCAAGGACAUUUGCAUCUUCCGCUUUGGUUCGCCAGACACAAGGCUCCGUAAAUGGGUCUACCUCCACUUCCGCAGACGGAAAGUACCACAUAAUAGACCAUGAGUACGACUGUGUGGUGAUCGGUGCCGGCGGUGCGGGUCUUAGAGCCGCCUUUGGUCUUGCUGAGGCUGGCUAUAAGACUGCGUGUAUAUCGAAGCUUUUCCCUACCAGAUCUCACACUGUCGCUGCUCAAGGUGGUAUCAACGCCGCACUAGGAAAUAUGCACAAGGACAACUGGAAAUGGCACAUGUACGACACCGUGAAGGGAUCCGAUUGGCUUGGUGACCAGGACUCUAUCCAUUACAUGACUCGAGAGGCGCCCAAAUCGAUCAUCGAGCUGGAACACUACGGUGUGCCUUUCUCGAGAACCGAGAGCGGUAAGAUCUACCAAAGGGCAUUUGGUGGUCAGACUAAGGAGUACGGUAAAGGUGCUCAGGCUUACAGAACAUGUGCUGUCGCGGACAGAACGGGGCACGCGCUUUUGCACACACUUUACGGUCAGGCCUUGAGGCACGACACGCAUUUCUUCAUUGAAUACUUUGCGCUAGAUCUUUUGACCCACAACGGCGAGGUCGUGGGUGUCAUUGCUUACAACCAAGAAGACGGUACCAUCCACAGAUUCAGGGCUCACAAGACCAUUAUUGCCACUGGUGGCUAUGGUAGAGCAUACUUCUCCUGUACCUCCGCUCACACAUGUACAGGUGAUGGUAAUGCCAUGGUUUCGCGUGCCGGGUUUCCCUUGCAAGAUCUAGAGUUUGUUCAAUUCCACCCUUCAGGCAUCUAUGGGUCUGGUUGUUUGAUUACUGAAGGUGCUCGUGGUGAAGGUGGUUUUUUGAUCAAUUCUGAAGGUGAAAGAUUUAUGGAACGUUAUGCUCCCACGGCCAAGGAUCUGGCCUGUAGAGACGUUGUUUCCAGAGCAAUCACGAUGGAAAUUAGAGAAGGUAGAGGUGUUGGUAAGAAAAAGGACCACAUGUACUUGCAAUUGAGUCACUUGCCCCCAGAAGUCCUUAAGGAAAGGUUGCCAGGUAUCUCUGAAACAGCAGCCAUUUUCUCUGGCGUAGACGUUACCAAGGAACCAAUUCCAAUUAUUCCCACAGUACACUAUAACAUGGGUGGUAUCCCCACCAAAUGGAGUGGUGAGGCCUUGACUAUUGAUGAAGAAACCGGUGAAGAUAAGCCUAUCCCCGGUUUAAUGGCCUGUGGUGAAGCCGCCUGUGUCUCUGUUCACGGUGCCAACAGAUUGGGUGCCAACUCCCUAUUGGACCUUGUUGUCUUUGGUCGUGCCGUUGCCCACACUGUGGCUGACACUUUACAACCGGGGCUGCCACACAAACCACUGCCUUCCGAUUUAGGCAAAGAAUCUAUUGCAAACUUGGAUAAACUAAGAAAUGCUAAUGGCUCAAGAUCUACCGCGGAAAUUAGAAUGAAUAUGAAGCAAACGAUGCAAAAGGAUGUCUCCGUCUUCAGAACACAAUCGUCUUUGGAUGAAGGUGUUAGCAACAUUACGGCUGUGGAGAAGACAUUCGCCGACGUUAAAACCACAGACAGAUCAAUGAUCUGGAACUCCGAUCUGGUCGAAACUUUAGAGCUACAAAAUCUGCUAACUUGUGCCUCACAGACCGCCGUUUCUGCUGCUAAUAGAAAGGAAUCCCGUGGUGCUCAUGCAAGAGAAGAUUAUCCAAACAGAGAUGAUGAGCAUUGGAUGAAGCACACUUUAUCCUGGCAGAAGGACGUCGCUGUUCCAGUGACUUUGAAGUACAGAAAGGUUAUUGAUCAUACUUUGGACGAAAAGGAAUGUCCUUCUGUCCCUCCAACUAUAAGGGCCUACUAG